AUGGCGGGCGGCAUGCAGGCGUUCCGCACGGUGAUGUCGAUCGGCCGGCGCCAGGGCGCGCGGCAGCUGGCGGCGCGUCCGUUCUCGGCCGCGGCCGUGCAGACGCGCUCGGCGGAGGAGUGGAUGGAGAACAUCCGCCUCUCGGCCAAGAAGGACGUGCUGAUCAAGCGCACCAAGUUGGCGUCGUUCCUCAAGACCGUGACCACGAGCGAGCAGCUGGAGGCGUCCAAGGAGAUCAUGAAGAUCUACGAGCAGAAGCGCGUGGACCCGGACGCCAACGCCGCCGGCCUCUUCGUCAAGAAGGCGCUGGAGCUCAACGCGCCCGACGUGGCGUUUGACGUGCUGGAGGCCAACUACCGCAUCGGCCUCUUCCUGGAGCCGGCCACGCUCAACAAGCUGCUGUCCAAGUUCCUCAAGGACGGCGAGUUCGACAAGGUCUUCACGCUGCACGAGAUCGGCCACAGCAAGUACAACGUCAAGAGCACGGAGCGCACCUACGACAUCCUCAUCCGGGCGGCCAUCGAGCAGGCCGACUACGAGAAGGCUGUGGCCUUCCUCAAGACGGCUGCUGAGGCUCAGAAGCUGCAGCGCGUGACGUGCAACAACCUGCUGUUCAAGCUCAAGGACAACGAGAUGCAGGACAAGAUCGAGGAGGUGGCGGCGCUCAUGAAGACGGCGGGCGUAGAGCCCAACGAGACGACCAAGAAGAUCCUGCAGUAG